UCUGUUGGUAUUAACGAUGGCUUCGUAAGAAAAUGGAGAAAAUUCCAGCUGUCAAUCGAUGUGACGAUGUUUUAAAAAGACAAUUAACAGUUCAAGUCAAAGUGACCCAUGUGUGUUGAAUUCGGUUUCCGAAUAAUUUUCAUUCACUGUGAAUGUUUGUGAUGGAGAAAGUUGAUUUUAUUCAACAGAAGAAAAUGUCGAUAACAGUCCUCAACGACGACUGUUUACAUAAAUGUUUUGAAUCUCUCGAAAUCGAUGACUGUAUGAAUGUUGCCGAGGUGUGUAAAAGAUUUGCGGGAGUCAUGCAGCCAAUUUUUCGGAAAAAAUUUUCAUUACUUUCGCUGAAAAUGAAAGAUCAGUACGACAAGGAUUUCAUCGAUCGUGUAUUGUAUCACAUUAGUGAUCAUUUAAAGUCAUUGGCAAUCGGAUCCGAAGGCAAAAGUGCUCACCUUUUGGCCAGAUCAACUUCGAACGAAAACCUAAAAUCGCUGAUCCUCCGACAUUGGAAGCUUAGCCCGACAACAUUCUCAUCCGAAUUGACUAAUUUCCAGCACAUCAAGUCGAUGUCAUCAAAUCAGUGCAAUUUGCGGCUAAACAGAGAUUUUUUCACGUCGUUCCGCAACAUCGAAAUCGCCAAUUUCAGAUAUUGUCGAGGCGUUCACAAUAAAUCGAUAACAAAAUUUUUCGAGACAAACGACAAAAUCAAAAGUGUUACCAUACACUGUCUAGGCUUUCACGGGUUUCCAUUGGGAUCGUUGGCAUUAUUGCCCCGGCUGGAACAGGUCAACUUUCUCGGUUUGGUCGCUUCACCAGAAUACUUGAUACAGCUAUCGCAAAUAAGAUCGCUGAAGCGAUUGAAAUUGUCAACUCGUCACCUAAACUCGAGCUAUGUCAUGGGACCAUUGUUGCUCCAUUUGGACUGGAUUGAAGGUCUGGAGAUUAAAGGUUUCCGAAUCGACGAAAACGUUUUUGCAUCGCUGCAAAAGAUGCACAGCCUUAAAUUAUUUGGCCUGACUUUUCCCAGUAUCUUCUUUUGGAAGUGGAAACCCGCUUUCACGUUACCAUCGACUAUAACGGAUUUGAAAUUGGAGUCAGUUCACAUUUCGGCAAAGCAAAUAGCUUCAAUAAUAUGUGAAUUGCCGAAGCUGCAGAAGUUCCAUGUUAACGCUCAUCCGCAGUCAAUAAUAGACAAUAAUAACGUCAAAAUUGAUGACUUCGAAACAAUUGUUAAUCUGAUUUUUGAUGCACUCGACAUUGAUGCCAGCAAACGCUACGUAAAAGUGACUUUGAUCAAUGCUAAAUAUUCCUCGGAGGAACUUCGUCUUGGAAGUCUACAAUUUUUUGGAAUUCAUCCGAGUAAAAGCUGCUUCGGGAUUGAUUUUCCCGAUUUUAAUCGAUUACUGUGUCCUGUAUCUAACUAGAAGAGUUAUCUUUUGUGUUCAAAAAAUACA